UAUGAAAUGAGAAGAGCCCUAAAAUACCACUGGAAGUCUGGAAGUCUGGAACUCCACCGUGCGCGCUGACUAUCAUGGACAGCACUAGUAACGGCGUCGCCGGGGAGCUUCCGACGAACGGCAAUGGCGUCACCGUCGACAAAGGUGUCGACUUUGCUAACUAUUUCUGCACCUAUGGGUUUCUGUAUCACCAGAAGGAGAUGCUAUGUGAUAAAGUUCGCAUGGAUGCUUACUACAACGCCAUUUUCGAGAACAAAGAACACUUCCAUGGCAAGGCCGUGCUUGAUGUAGGAACAGGGAGUGGCAUUCUUGCAAUAUGGUCUGCACAAGCGGGUGCAAGGAAGGUUUAUGCCGUUGAAGCUACUAAGAUGACAGAACAUGCCCGCGAACUUGUUAAAGCCAACAACUUUCAAGAUGUUAUUGAAGUGAUUGAAGGUUCUAUGGAGGAUGUAAUUCUUCCAGAAAAAGUUGAUAUAAUUAUAUCAGAGUGGAUGGGAUACUUUCUUCUACGUGAGUCUAUGUUUGAUUCUGUGAUUUUUGCCCGUGAUCGUUGGCUGAAGCCUGGUGGUAUGAUGUAUCCUAGUCAUGCUCGCAUGUGGAUGGCACCUAUGAGGUCUGGAUUGGGAGACCAAAAAAUGGAUGACUAUGAGGUUGCUAUGAAUGACUGGCACAAUUUUGUGGAUGAGACUAAAACCUAUUAUGGUGUUGAUAUGAGUGUUCUGACAAAGCCUUUCGAUGCUGAACAGAAGAAGUACUAUCUACAGACAUCAUUGUGGAACAAUCUUCAUCCACAGCAAGUCAUAGGGACACCUGCUAUCGUCAAAGAGAUAGAUUGUUUAACAGCCUCAGUACAUGACAUUAUUGAUGUCAGAAGUAAUUUUUCGUCAUCAAUCACCGAGAGAACGAGGCUCUGUGGUUUUGCUGGAUGGUUUGAUGUUCAUUUUCGAGGAAAUAAAGACAAUCCAGCAAGGCGUGAGGUUGAAUUGACAACUGCUCCUAGCUUAGAUAAUGGAACACAUUGGGGCCAGCAGGUAUUCCUUUUGCAUCCUGCUGUUCGGGUUGAUGAAGGGGAUGAUAUGAUUGUCUCCUUCUCAAUGAAUCGUUCUAAAGAAAACCAUCGAUUAAUGGAGGUUGAACUUGGAUGUGAGAUGAGACAGUUGUCUGGGAAGCAGCUUCCACGCUUCGCUAGAAAGUUCUAUAUAGAAUAAGAAAAUGGCAGAAAUAUUUUGAUUUCAGACUAAAGACAGGAGAUAACGACUGGACCUGAAAGUAUACAUUGGACAUGUCUCGGAGUUGAAACAUUUCCACUCAAAAGGUCUUAAGCCUCCUUUCUUUGUUGUCUUUUUUGCUGUAUUGGGAAAGAUUGACUACCAUGAGGGAAUGUGUUUUAUGUAAUUUUGGGGCGUGAUGCUCUCAUCCUAACUUUAUGGAAAUUUUGUUUUGCAUUUCACAACAUCAUAUUGUGUUUAAGGUAUAUUGAAUAUAGCCAUUUUUUCCCGGCCAA